ACGCCGCCUGGCGGCAGCGCCGCGAAAUUUAUACGACGUCUAUGUACACCGAUGCCACUUCGUACUUAUAAUUUCGCUGGACGUAAAUUUCGACCGAAACGGUUCAAUGGACUUUUCAAAAACACUAAACGUGUCACGUAACGUGAAAAGUCUUAUGCUACACAAGAAAACUAAAGGAAGUGGUGUUGCGCAACUCGUUUUUUAAAAUAUUGUGUUAUCCAAGUGCCUUUUUCGUGUCCGCGCGUGUGAGUACGGUGUCGAGUCCCGUUUGGAGGCAUUUUAACGGAUUUAGGCUUAAAGGUUGUUGGUGUGGUGGUGUGGUGGUGUUGUGUGAGUGUAGUGUCAUGGCGCUGAGCUAGCGGCCGGCACGGCAUGCGCGCGCGCCGCUAGCCAUGCCGGCUGGCACAUGGCGCAGUACACACACAGGACACAGCCCAUGCACAGGCCCGGACAGAGUGAGCACGGGCACGGGGCGCUGGCGUACGGCGGCAAGCAGGCGGGCGUGGCGCCGGCGAGGCCCGCCGCGCCCUACGCGCCGCCCUACUCGCCCGCACAGCUGCGUCUGCACCAGCCAGGGUAUGGAUCCGCUGCGCUGUCAUACAGGGACAGCUAUGCCCGCGGCGGAGGCGGCGGCGCGGUCGGCGAGUACCGGUCCGGCGCGCGUAUGUCGCUGUUGGGCUCAGCGUACUUGCCGCCGCCGGCGCCGCCAGCGCACCAUCCGCCGCCGGCUGAUCCUCCGCCCUUCAAGAAGAUCCGCCUCGCCGCUGAGCGGCCUUCGCCUGCACCACAUCAGCAGCUCAGGGUUGACACACGGGAGUCGGUUAUGAACUCCUACAACAACUCGGUGGAGGUGUUAUCCCCAAAUCCGCCUUCCGAACCCACCAUCGAGGACCAGAGCUUUCGGACAACGAAAGAUGAUUUACUACAGCAAAUUUCUAAGGUGGAUCGAGAAAUGACGUUAUCGGAGACGACGUUACUAAAACUGAAGAAAAAACAAGAAGAGUUAGAACAGACAGCGUCGAAGCCAGCGCGGGCUGAGGAACCGGAAGAGGCGCCGCCCAGGCAUCGGAGUCUAGCUCAGUGUAUAUACGCCGACAACAGGAAGAGGGCGGGCGCAGCUCACGCGGUGCUGGCGCACCUCGGCCCGCCGGUGCUGUACCCGCUGUACAACCAGCCGCAGGACACGCUGGUGUACCACGACAACAUCCGCAGGCAUCGCGCCUUCCGCAAGCGCCUCGCCGACCAUCUGCGCCGGAUCAGAGCCGAGGCGGAGAAGCGCGAAGACGCGUUAACGGAGGAGUACAGUCGGCGCGCCUCGGAGUGGAUGAGGCGCGUGGAGCGACUGGAGCUCGGCCAGAAGAGGAAGGCCAAGGACGCCAGAAACAGGGAAUUCUUCGAGAAGGUGUUCCCCGAGCUCCGCAAGCAGCGCGAGGAGCGCGAGCGGUUCAACCGGCUGGGCGCGCGCGUGAAGUCGGAGGCCGAGCUGGAGGAGAUCGCGGACGGGCUGCACGAGCAGGAGCACGAGGACAAGAAGAUGCGCUCGCUCACCGUCGUGCCGCCCCUGCUGCGCGACCCGCGCGAGCCGCGCCCGCUGCUGCUCGACACCAACAAGCGCUGCAUGGACAUGGAGGCCGAGUACCGCGGCCUGCAGCUGCGCAACGUGUGGACGCAGGGCGAGCGGGAGCUGUUCCGCGAGAAGUACCUGCAGCAUCCCAAGAACUUCGGCCAGAUAGCGUCCUUCCUGCCGAGGAAGAGCGUGCGGGAUUGUGUUAGGUUCUACUAUCUAUCGAAAAAAGCAGAAAAUUACAAACAGUUGUUACGAAAACCGCGACCGAGGCGGCACGCGAGGCCGAGGCCGGCACCGGAGCCCGAACUACCUGCAGGUGUCACGACGAGGCUGCAACGCUCGCAAGGCUCCCGCGCGGCCGACAAGGAGCAGAGCCUGGAGGAGAUGCCGCCCGACGCCACGCCCGUCAACUGCAUCCCCGUGCCGCCCCCCUCCGCCGCGCCCGCGCACCAGCACCCCGCCCGGUCGGAAUUAGAUAGAACACCUCCCCUCCCGCCGUCUCCGCCGCCGGCGUCGUCGGCGCCGCCGGGGCCCGUGGCCAGCACGACCAGCGAUACGAGCGAGAUGAGUGGGCCAAGUUCGAUCGGCGGCUCGAGCGAACUGAUCGGUUCGUGUGGACUAAACGGUUCCAGUGGACUGAACGGAUCAAGUGCACUGAGUGGUUCAAGCGGAUAUGGUGGUUCAAGUGGACUGAGUGGUUCAAGCAGCCUGAACUGUUCAAGCGCUAUGAGUGGCUCGAGCGCUUUGAUUGGUUCCAGUGGGCUGAGUAGUAGUGGGUGUAUGAGUAUAUCUAAUGUAUUUACUAGUACUAGCGGAGUGAGUGGUUCUAGUGGAUUAAGUGGUGCAAGUGUAGUGACUACUAGUGGUGUCUAUUCGAGUGGGCUAUGCGUACCGUCAGGUGUAGCAUCGAUGGGCAGUCCAGCUCCUCCACCAGCUACGCCGCCGGUGCCGGAAACUCCAUUGCCGCCCCUACCCGAACAACCACCAGCGACUGUAGCGACGAUCACAACUACCGUUAUUACUACGACGUGCGUGUCGAGCGGCGGGGGCGCGGUGUCCGCGUCGUCGGGCAGCGCGCCGCCCACGCCGCAGCCCGCGCCGCCGCCCACGCUUACGCAUCCGUCGCCCACUCCUGAACCAGCGGUUACGGAAAGAACGAGUACACCAUCAUCCACGAUACCACCAUCGAGCACGCCCACCACCACCGCCGUGUCAGCAAGUGCAUGUGCCGUGUGUUCGGCGACGGGUGCCACUAGGGCGGUAGCGCCGUCGAGAGCCGCCCAAUAUGGUCUGGAGCCCUCGACGACGGGUGCGAGGGUGUGUGAGGCGUGUCACUGUCGCUGCGUGCGAGCGAGACGUAGCAGGUGCACGGUGCCCUCGUGCGCGGGGCCCAGAGCCAAGCGGCUGCGACACCUGCCGCCGCGCUGGCACGACCUACCACAAGAUUUGAAGAGGCCGCUCAUGGAUGAGUUUCAAAUCCCAAGUGACCUUAGCAAAUGCUGCCUCACUUGCUUCAAAAGGAUAACUCGACGUCUAGAUACAAUAGGGGAAGGGGGUUCCGCCCCCGAACCCACAGAGGACGAGGCCUCUAAGUUUCGAAUGCUGCUGCGGGAGCAUGGCACCGCCUGGGAGAGGAUGUCGGCCGCUAGCGGGCGGACUCCGGCCAGUCUGAAGGCCUUCUAUUUCACAUAUAGAAAAAAACUCCAGCUUGACACGUUGCUCAGCGAACGGCAACCCUCUCGAGGCAGCGAUACGGACGACAGCAUAUUGAGCUCUGGAGACACGGAUACUGCUAGCGCAGAGUCCCCCCGGCCCCCUCCGUUGCCAGGGCCCCGGACUGAUGCUGUGGCUCCCAGAAGGCACCGACGGGACGAGUAUGAUUCCUCAGCUACGGAGACGGCGGACGAAGAGAACGACGCUCCUAGCGCGAAGUCCGUGGCUCCCGCCCCCGCCCCCACAGCCGCGCCCGCUCCCAGCGCAGCGAGCAGCACAGCGAGCAGCAGUGCGGGCGCGGUGAGCAGUGCUCCGACGCUCACGAUGCGCGACGUGGUGCUCAACAUGAUCGAAGUGAGCUUGCUCAAGAACUCCCGGCCGCCGCCGCUGCCGCCGCACACGAUGCACCACCAGCCGCCGAAGGUGUCGAGUCACGAGUCGCUGGCCACGCUGACGGUGGUGAGUGGUGCGCACGCGGGGUCCCCACGCUCCCCGUGCUCCCCGCACCGCGGCGCCACCAUCACUCCGCUGCCGCCCGACGGCAAGGAGCUGUUGCUGCUGCACGUUGAGCCUCGGGCGCCAACCCACGUGCCCGCGGAGCCGUUGCUUGAUCUGAGUGUCAAGCGACCGCGACACGACCUGCCGCCUAAACCCCCUCAUCGCAACGCAGAAUACGCGACGUACCGCACGCAGCCGGACCGCGAGUCCCCGACGUACAACGCCAAGCCAAAACCCGUGUCAUCCCCACGUCCUACUCUGAAGCUGUCCAACCCGAAGGGCUCCAUUACGCUGGGCACACCCGUCGAGACCCGUUUCGAACAGAAAACCGGUUCAAUCACGGCCGGCACGCCGGUCCACGGCCCGCACCACUUGCCAGAGAAGCGGAACAUGGACUACCACCGACGGCGGAGUCCCGGCGGCGCGUACUACGCGGGCGCCGCCAACCAGCCAAGACCGCAGUCGCCAUCGUUUUCAACGGCGACGUCAGCGGCGGUAUCCCGUGGUCCAUAUGGCUUGGAACGACGGCAGAUAAUGCUGACCGACUUCAUCACCUCGCAGCAGAUGCACGGCGGCACGAGACGAGAGCGCGCCGAGCCUCCUCAUCAGCAGCACCACCAGCAGCACCAACACCAGCAGCUUCAGCACCAGCAGCAUCAGCAGCAGCACCAACCAAUCCGACGAGAUAGGGACAGCGUGUCCGUCAUACAGAGGCACACACACGCUUAUUCUCAUCCCCAUCCUCCACCCGGUCACGAAGCCUUCACGUCGCUGGUGAACGCGGCGUCCGCGGCGCCGGCGCUACCCGUGCCGCGCACGCGCGAGCCCGAGCCCGCGCCGGAGCCGCUGCAUCACGCGCACCCACACCAGCAGCACCAGCAGCACCAGCAGCACCAGCAACACCAGCAACACCAGCAGCACCAGCAGCACCAGCAACAUCAGCAACACCAACAGCAUCAGCAGCAUCCUCAACACCCUCAACAUCCGCAGCACCCGCAGCACCACGAACUGAGUAGAGGGUCCCGCGAGUUCGCACUGUCACAGAAGUAUCACACGCAGUACGCGACGGAUCGACGCGCGCCGCAACGAGACAGUCGAGAACGAGGGAUGGUACCGAUCCAAGAUAGACAUUACGUGAUCGAACAGCACCAGCAGCAUCCGCAGCACCCGCAGCAUUCUCAGCACCAGCAGCUCGCGCAGAUCCAGCAGCAUCCUCAGCACCCGCAACAUUCUCAGCACACGCUCAUCGACCGGCUUCACUUGCAAAUCGCACAGUAUUUCCAGAACGUGUCGAGCGAGGAGCGUCGCGCCGGCGCGCCCUACAGCCCCGCGCCUGCCAAGCGCCCGCUGCACGCGCUCGACCGGAAGGACGGCUCUUCGCCUCACAGUCGGCCAACGGUGAGCGUCGCGACAACAGUGACGAGCGUAGCGGGUGCAGGAGCGGGAGCGGGCGCGGGGGCGGGAGCGACUGCGGCGGCGGCGGCGGCGGCCGCGGCGGCUGGAGCGGAUCGAACGAGACCCGCCGACAGCAGCAAACUCACCGCUGCCUCGCUGAUCAACGCCAUUAUUACGCACCAGAUCAACCAAACCUGUGACCAGAGAUUCCCGCCGAAGAUAAUCCGUGAGGGCGAGCAACCUGCGCAACCUCCACCCGAUCGAGUGCUCUCCAUCGACCACGGUCGCGAUCGCGAACGUGAGCGCGAACGUGAGCCUGAACGUGACCGUGACCGCGAACGUGAUCGGGAGCGAGAACGCGAGCGCGAGCGCGAGCGUGAUCGUGACCGCGACGAGACGGUGCCUGUGAUGCAUAAGAGCAUCAAACUCGGGGACCUCGCCUCCAACAUCAUCGUAAGGGACUUCAGUAGUCCCAACACCAACUCACUGAUGCAUCAUAACAAUCGAUUCGCCGUGUCGACGGCGGACACGUAUGUGGCGAACAGCAGUGCGAGUGCGGGCGGAUCCACGGACGAGUGGCGGCGGGACGCGCCCAAACACGCGCCCUAUCUGGAGCCCGUGUCGCCGCCCGACAACCACCACGCGGGGAGAGGCAGCAGCAGCGUCGGUGGCAGCAGCGGCAGCGGGGGCCGGCGGUACAGCGGCGUGGGCGGCGGCGUGCUGACCGCGUACGAUUACGUCACCACGCGCAUCGUGGAAGUCAUGCGCAACGACGCCGACGAGCGCGCCAAGCCGCUGCCCUUCCCCACGUCGUACGCCUACCCCUACUCCGCGCUCAACGUGGCCACGCCGGUGUCGGACGGCAGCACGGCGGUGAGCAGCGCGGCCAGCGCGCCGAGCGGGGCGGCGCCGCUGCCGACGCCGGCGCAGCCCGAGCCGGCGCCGCUCAUGUCGGCGCAGUACGAGCCGCUGUCGGACGAGGACUGACGCGCGCGCGCCCCCCCCGCGCGGCCCCCGCGGGCCUAGCGCGCGCCUCCGCGACACUCCGUCAUCCGCUACGGGGACGGAUACCGCGGGUGAUACAACGAAGGACAGUGGCCGAGGUGACGAUCGGCGCGAGUGAUCUCAGUGUUCGCGCGCAGACUCGGACUGGACGGUGUUCUUAUGUAACGAGCAGGGAUACAAUUUUCUGCGGAGAAGCUUUAAUGGACGAUGUUCGUAUAAUCCUGUGAUCGAAACGCGAUUUUACGUCAAAAUUUCCGCAUAUAGACUCCAUUUGCCGAUAUUUUUUUUACGAGCGAAGCAAACUAAUCGAAUAACACGCGCAUAUUUUUGUGUACGAUUCUGAAAUAAAUGAAAAUGUAGAUGAUUGUAUAUAGCUAGUUAUGUAAAUGGGAGGCGAGCGAGCGAGGAGGAAUCUGCUCGCGACGAGCUGACAGUCACUCGGCAUUACCGGCGGACGAGUGAUGUUGUUACACAUGACUGCAGAGUGAGAUGAUGUGAAUAUUCAAUUGUUAUUUAUUUGUUAUUUUUUCACUUGUUUCGUCUUUCUAAUGUCGUAGUGACCGUAAUGAUGAAUAAUGUGGAGCGAAAUGGUAUAUAGACAUCUAUGUUUAUAUACCAGUAUACAUGAUAAACGCUACAAUGUAUUUUUAAUCUGUGACGUCUCGACAUAGAGUAAUGUGAAAGUUAUAAAGUGACCAUUGAAAUGUUACAAUAAUCAAAUCGUAAGAGUCUACAUUAUUCGGCAUUAUGAGCGUAUUCGAGAAGUGAGAUGGCUAUAUUCUAUGUAAUACAAUAUAUAGCACUGCCGCUGCGCGUACCUCAGUAAAUUUAAGUGGCAGCCACACAUUAGCGAAACUGUAAUAUUGACCCAGUCUUCCAUCUCAACACCGGUAGCGUAGGAUCGGCGCGUCUUCGUCCAUGUCUACACCUAAGUACUUGUAAAUUGUGUAAAUGAUAGUUUGUAUAAGAUAUAUGACCUCGCCCGGGCAUUUUGCAGAUUCCUCGCUCACGGGCGUUUCGAGGCGGCCAUGCCGCUCUAGGCUUAAGGAUUACACACGAUAAGUUUUUUGUUGUAUAGCUUCGCUUCGGAUUUCGCUGUCGCGAUUAUCAUUCGAGUUAGUAUACGCGUAGUUGAAUUUUCAUUUGUCUCGUGUAAAUAGCGCAUCGAUCGUCUAUGUAUAGUUCGCCGACGCAGCGAAGUCCGGUCGACAUAUACAUACGUAUACAUAGUGUAAACACGGUUAACGAAACGGUAAAUUAUAUACAUAUUGUAAAAGUGUAUGGUUAUUAUGUAUACAUACUGUGCAUUUGUAAUUAUACAGGUUAGUUUAACGAGUACGAUAGAGAUUUUCAUUUUCUAGUUAGGUCGGUCUGAGGACCGGGUAUAAAUAUUGAGCGCAAUGGGCUAUGAGUGCGAGAGUGUCCGUGUGUGUCCGUGUGCGUGCGCGUUCGUGUCCGUGACUGUCCGCCGCCGCCCGCGCACUGUCGUCUGACGUCUGACGUGUCCGGUCGCUGGUGAGCGUGCGUCUCGAACGACACCCCAACAUCGCGGAAACCUUAAAAAAGCAUUAAAAUUAUUUUAUUUUUUUGCAAUGAAGAACAAACGUGUUUGAGUUAAAUGUAAAAAAGUAUGUUUGCAUUUUAAAAAUAAAGCUAAAUGACUAUAAAUAGAACCGUAGAUAAAUUUUUGCUUAUUGAACGGAAGUUGGACACGCGAGCGGGUGUGGUGUUUGUACAUGUCUUUCAAAUAUUGAGAAUAAAACGACUGAUUAACUUAACGAGCGGUCGCGGCGGCGGCGGCCGCACACAUUGUGAUUUCUUUAUAUAAUGUAACGUACUAAGUAGUCGAAAGAGAAGAUAAUCCUUGUAAGUCCGAUCUUAAGCAAAAACAAAGUUUUGGGAGGACAAAUCAAUAAAUAAGAUGCAAAUCUA